UGGCGGAGUUACGGAGAGACCGGGACAUUUUUUCUCUUUCAAAAUAAAAUUGUUGAGUCGCUCUCGCUCAGGUGGUGAACUUCGGAAAAUCCAACCCCUUUAAAAAGGACCUUUCUGGCUUGACCGUGGUGGUGUUUCUGCGGGUGCUGGACGCGGUGGAUAGCAGCCGGAUAGAAAUUGAUAAAGAUGGCCUCGGCAACAGCGAGCUACGGGCAGAAGGAGUCUUCGGACCAAAACUUUGACUAUAUGUUCAAGAUCCUCAUCAUCGGAAACAGCAGCGUGGGCAAAACCUCCUUCCUGUUCCGCUACGCUGACGAUUCCUUCACACCGGCCUUUGUCAGUACGGUGGGGAUCGACUUCAAGGUGAAGACAAUCUACAGGAAUGACAAGAGGAUCAAAUUACAGAUCUGGGACACGGCGGGUCAGGAGCGUUACCGCACCAUCACCACGGCCUACUACCGAGGAGCCAUGGGCUUCAUCCUCAUGUAUGACAUCACCAACGAGGAGUCCUUCAACGCCGUGCAGGACUGGUCGACUCAGAUAAAGACGUACUCGUGGGACAACGCCCAGGUGCUGCUGGUAGGAAACAAGUGUGACAUGGAGGACGAGCGAGUGGUGAGUGGAGAGAGAGGCCGGCAGCUGUCCGAACACCUCGGUUUUGAGUUCUUUGAGGCCAGCGCCAAGGACAACAUCAAUGUGAAGCAGACCUUUGAGCGCCUGGUUGACAUCAUCUGUGAAAAGAUGUCCGAGAGCCUGGACGCCGGGGAUCCCGCAGUCACAGGGGCCAAACAGGGGCCCCAGCUGACAGAGCAGCCUGCUCCACCUCACCAGGACUGUGCAUGUUAAAGCUGACUAGCCCCCCAAAACCCUUUUCCUCCAUCUUCCUCCUUCUCCUCUUUCAGCUGGACCCCAGGGCUUCGGGUCCGUACUCCAUCACCCUUUUCACUUACUUUCCCGCUUUUUUUCUGUAACCUUGUAAGGAUGAUUGGGCACAAGGACCGGGUUGAAAAGUGUCUGAAAUGCUCUGAGAUUCUUGUGCACCGGUGCUUUAGGUACAUUUGCUUCUGGUUCCUUUGCAUACAGGAGCUAAAAUGUGUUAGUUUUUUUGCUCAGUGCCGGUGUUGGUCCGAUGCCAAAGCAAGUUCGGUUCAACCGAAGUGUUUCAGACUCUUUGCAGCCCGUGUUCUUUAAGUUUCCCAACCCAUUUUGUGUUGCCCCCCCCCGUUCCUCGGUGUAUUCUUACAAGAAGGAUUUGACGGCGUCCGUCCUCACAGUGCCAUUUAAAUCCUUCUGAUGUUUACAGUGCUUAGUUUCAUGUCAGUCAAAUGUUUUGAAAAAAUGUCAGCCUUGGAUUUGGUGACCAAGAAGGUGGCAGUGGAGUUACAGUAUGUGGGAGUAAUGAUUCAGCUGAAAGGUGCUCCAUACCGAUGUGUUAUGUUUCUGAUGUGAGUCUGGACACAUACAGAGUCAAACAUACAUGCAUCUGUGUUUCUUUUUGUUGUCUCACCUGGUAUCUAAACAUGGAUACUUUAGGUAUUUGAAAGAGUCGUGUUGUUGUUAUUAUUAUUAUUAUUAUUAUUAUUAUUCAUCUUAGCCUUUCCGUUUGGCCUUUUUAUUUUUUUACAUUUCUUCAGCAAACUUUUUUUAUGUAUUCUGGUGCCCUGUUUAUUCUUUUUCAUACAUUAAACACUGGUUGGGGAACAAUAUGAACAAUAUAUAAGAUAUAGCUAAGUAAAAAAUAUU